AUGACAUCAAGAUCUCCAAUCUCACUUGCAAGUUUAAUGAACGACCCGACACCUCCACCCCAGCCACAAUCACAGUCACAACCUCGUUCACAAUUUCCCACAACAACAACACAAACUUCAAUGCAACAACAAUCUCAAGAACCAUCCCUUCAACAAUCAGAUUCUAAAAAGACUUUGUUGUCCACUUCAUCCCCAGAAGGUAUUCAGGUUGCAUCCAAGAUUACCCCAACACGUUUGGCCAAUCUACUUAUACGCAAAGGACCAUUGCCAAUACGUCAUAUUACUUCUCAGUUGGCGUUGGAAGUACCAUCAUUUGAGUUAUUAUCGUUAUCUAAACAACGUAGAUUAAUUAUGGCCGCCAUGGAACAAACCGAUACUGUGAAUAAUGUUGUAUUUGAAAAGAUUGGUUGGGGACAAUGGGCGGUUCGGAAAAUAGAUUCGGAUUAUAUUGUGACUGAAGGAACCGAGAAAUCAUCAAAUGCCAAUACUUCUGGUAGUAGUGGUAAUGGGUCUGCUAAUGAGAAAUUAAUCAAUGUCAAUGAUUUGAGAAAUCAACUGAAUUUGAAAUUAGGUUGGUCGAAAAAGAAAAAACUGGUUAGUGCUAGCGCUGGUGCUGGCUCUGGUGCUGGAUUGAAUUCACGUAGAGAGUCCAUAACUAACCAUGUCAAAUCAUUACACAACAUUAAAUUACCAAAUGAAAGUAUCGAUAAUGCUAUUGCUUCAGAAUCAAGUGACGAUGAUGAUGACGACGAUCAAGAGGGAAUAGAUGAGUAUGCUUUAUCUGAUACUGAAUCUUCCGACGAAGAAAUGUUUGCCUUUGAUGAGAAAAAUAGGGCCAGCUCAAGUGUGAGUAACCCAAUAACUGCUAUAUCAGAACAUACUGUUCUUGGCAGCCCACCUAUUAAAUUUGCUAGAAGAGUUCCAAUAAAGAUCAGUCCGCCCCCAGAAGUUGGAGCAAUCAAUGGCUCUGGGAACAUGGCAAGUUCUGCUAGUCGAAGAAGAAAAUCGUCGUCUUCGGUAUCCAAUUCAAUCACCAAACCUUACAGACAGCAUUUGUUCAACACUAGAUCGAGAUUAAACUCAAUAGAGAAUUUAGAUAAUUACAUUGUCUCGUCAGCAAAAAACUCAAGUGUUCUGAUUAGUUCCCCACCUCCGCCAAUUUCAUUUAGCUCAUCACCAGCCACGUCCGUGGCUUAUGACGAACAUUACAAUUUAAAUCAACAACAACUGCUGCUGUUUCAACAAAAAUUACAGCAACAGCAACAACAACAAAAAAACCAAAGAAGAAAAUCUUCAUUCAAUGAAUCACACGUGAGAUCCACAUUAUCCAAUGUGAAAACAAGUUCUGACGAUACUGAUGAAGAGGAUUGGGCUGCUAUGGGUCCUGAAUCUCUUCGUAAGAAUCGCAAAAACAGUAUUCCUGCCGCUUUAAGAAAUGAUAUUGAUUCCAGUGGUGUUGAUGAAGAAGAAAAAUCUGCUGCCUUUGCAUUAGUUGAUCUAAUGUCAGUAUAA